AUGCUCCACGACCCCCGCUUCAUCGAGCGCAUCGGCGAGGACCGGCUCCGCGACGCGGCGCACUACUACCGGAUCCUCACGGACGGCGAGACCGCCCAUGAUGAUCUCAGCCAAGCCAACUUGCGCCUCGUGGUGAGCAUCGCCAAGAAACACCUGGGGCGGGGCCUCAGCAUGCUGGACCUGGUCCAGGAGGGCAACAUGGGGCUGAUGCGCUCGGUGGACAAGUUUGACUACCGCCGCGGCUACAAGUUCAGCACCUACGCCACCUGGUGGAUCCGACAGGCCAUCACCCGAGGCAUCGCAGACCAGGCCCGCACCAUCCGGGUCCCGGUCCACAUGAUCGAGAUCAUCAACAAGCUCGCGCGACACCAACGCAGUCUCCUGCAGGACCUGCAGCGUGAGCCCACCACCGAGGAAGUCGCUGCGGCCAUGGAGUUGACACCGGAACGGAUCCUGGAAAUCCGAAAGCUUGCCCUCGAGCCCGUAUCCCUGGAAACCCCCGUAGGCGAGGAAGAGGACGCCGUCCUGGGCGACUUCAUCGAGGACCGCGCUUCCGUCACACCCGACCAGGCCGCGGCCCAUCGAAUGAUGAGCGACCAGAUCAACCAGGCGCUGUCGACACUCACCGAUCGCGAGCACCAGAUACUCAGGAUGCGUUUCGGCCUCGACGACGGCCAGAGCCAGACCCUUGAAGAGAUCGGCAAUCAGUUCGGAGUGACCCGGGAACGCAUCCGCCAGAUCGAGGCCAAGGCGCUGCGCAAAAUGCGGGAUCCGUCCAGGUCCGAAGCGCUGCGCGGAUACCUGGAAUAA